CUGUUUCACCUCUCAGACUGACUAAAGUCCAGAAGAUGAAUACUCGUGAGAAGGAAGAGGAGGACAGAGCAGAGUCUCCAGCAUCCAGUGCCCGAUCCAAAGGUCAUCCUCCAGUCUUCAGUGAUAAACCUGGACCAUCAGACACAAAAGUUCAGUCCAACAGACAGAGAGCAGAGUCUCCAGGAUCCAGCUGUCUGUCUAUGAAGAGUGACCGGUCCAAAGGUCUUCCUGAUCAGUUCAGUGAUGAAGCUGGACCCUCAGACACAAAAGACCAGUCUGCUUCAUCAGGAGACUCCUCCUGUCCCCAAUGUGGAGACAGAUUCAGUCAGACCAGCACUGUCCAAAUGAGUGGUGGUCUGCAGGAGGUUUUAGAUGAACAUAAGAUCAGUCUGAAGACCAGAUGUGAACGUGUGACUGAAGGAAGUGAUGAAGCAGGAAGUGGAACCCUCCUCAAAAGGAUCUACACUGAGCUCUACAUCACAGAGGGACAGAGUGAAGAGGUUCAUACCCAACAUGAGGUGAGGCAGCUUGAGACAGCUUCCAAGAAGAAGGAGACCCUCCAUGACACUCCCAUCAAAUGCCAAGACAUCUUUAAAGCCUUACCUGACCAACAGAGACACAUCAGAGUCGCUCUGACCAACGGCGUCGCUGGCGUUGGAAAAACCUUCUCAGUGCUGAAGUUCACUCUGGACUGGGCAGAGGGCUCGGAGAACCAAGAUGUCAGUCUGGUGGUUCUGCUCUCGUUCAGGGAGCUGAACUUGAUCAAAGAUGAGCGGUUCAGUCUUCUCACGCUGCUCCAUGUUUUCCAUCCAACAUUACAGAAGGUCACAGCAGAGAAGCUCGCUGUCUGUAAACUUCUGUUCAUCUUUGACGGCCUGGAUGAAAGCAGACUUUCACUGGAUUUCAACAACAAAGAGCUCGUGUCUGAUGUCACACAGGAGUCAUCAGUCAGCGUGCUGUUGACAAGCCUCAUCAAGGGGAAUCUGCUUCCCUCGGCUCUCAUCUGGAUAACUUCCAGACCUGCAGCAGCCAAUCAGAUCCCUCCUUCAUGUGUUGACAGGGUAACAGAAGUACGAGGCUUCACUGACGCUCAGAAGGAGGAGUACUUCAGGAGGAGAGUCAGUGAUGAAGAUCUGUCCAGCAGAAUCAUCUCACACAUCAAGACCUCCAGGAGCCUCCACAUCAUGUGUCUGAUCCCAGUCUUCUGCUGGAUCACUGCUACAGUUCUGGACCACAUGUUGACCACAGACCAGAGAGGAGAGCUGCCCAAGACCCUGACUGACCUGUACUCACACUUCCUGCUGGUUCAGACAAAGAGGAAGAAGAAGAAGUACGAUGAAGGACAUGAGACGAGUCCACAGGAGCUGACGGAGGCUGACAGGGAAGUUCUUCUGAAGCUGGGGAGGCUGGCGUAUGAACAGCUGAAGAAAGGAAACAUCAUGUUCUACCAAGAAGACCUGGAGCAGUGUGGUCUGGAUGUCACAGAGGCCUCGGUGUACUCAGGAGUUUGUAAACAGAUCUUCAAAAGAGAGAGUGUGAUCUUCCAGAAAACAGUCUACUGCUUUGUUCAUCUGAGCGUUCAGGAGUUUCUGGCUGCAGUCUACCUGUUCCACUGUUACACCAACAAGAACACAAAGGUACUGGAGGAGUUCCUGGGGAAAGACUUCAAAUACAGUGACUCAUCUCUAGAUGUGUUCUUGGGAAAAGUCAUGGAGAAAUCACUUAAAAGUAAAAAUGGUCAACUGGACCUGUUUGUUCGCUUCCUUCAUGGCCUCUCUCUGGAGUCCAACCAGAGACUCUUAGGAGGCCUGCUGGGUCAGACAGACAACAGUCCAGAAAUCAUCCAGAGAGCCAUCAACAACCUGAAGGACAUAAAGACUGCAAUCAAUCCUCAAAUCAACGUCUUUCACUGUCUGAUGGAGAUGAACGAUGACUUAGUCCAUCAGGAGAUCCAAGAGUUCCUUAAGUCAGAGAACAGAUCAGAGAAGUACCUCUCUGAGAUCCACUGCUCAGUUCUGGCCGACAAGCUGGAGAUGUCAGAGGAGGUUCUGGAUGAGCUGAACCUGGAGAAGUACAGAACAUCAGAGGAGGGACGACUGAGACUGAUUCCAGUUGUAAGGAACUGCAGAAAGGCUGUGUAA